GAAAACGGUACUUCACAGAAGGAAGUUGUCUACGUUCAGAUCCCGGUCCUUGUUUGGUCUCGUGGUAUCGUGGUGAUCAUCCCCCUCGAUAAAUGUCGAUAAGAAGUUGUCGUCCAUGUGCGGGUUAGCUUUUAGGACCAGAAACAGUCCGUCGCAGAAAACUUCACUCAGGUGGGGCGACUGUUGUCUAACAAUUUUCGUUUUAAAUCAUCGGGAUCAAGAAGUUAAAAUUAAGUUUGCAAAAAUUAAGUUUUGAAUCAAUUAAGUUUUAAAUCAAUUCGAUUUUGAAUCAAUUAAAAAGUCAAAAUGAUAAAUAUAGCUGGAGUUAUUUCGAUUAUACUUUUCUACAUAUUAAUUUUGGGAGUUGGGAUUUGGGCUGGCCGAAAAAAGGAGAGUGGUAAUGAUUCUGAAGAAGAGGUCAUGUUGGCCGGGAGAAAUAUUGGCCUUUUCGUUGGGAUUUUUACUAUGACCGCAACUUGGGUUGGUGGUGGAUACAUAAAUGGUACUGCAGAAGCAAUUUUCAGGUAUGGUUUAGUUUGGUGCCAAGCUCCAUUCGGCUACUCUUUAAGUUUAGUCUUCGGAGGGAUUUUUUUCGCCAAUAAGAUGAGACAACAAGGUUACAUCACGAUGUUGGAUCCGCUCCAAGACAGUUUUGGGAGUCGAAUGGGUGGAUUACUCUUCCUUCCAGCGUUAUGUGGUGAAGUUUUCUGGGCCGCGGGGAUUUUAGCCGCCUUGGGAGCCACAUUGAGCGUCAUCAUCGACAUGGAUCAUCGAACGAGUGUUAUUUUCAGCUCGUGCAUCGCAGUUUUUUAUACGUUAUUUGGCGGAUUGUAUAGCGUUGCUUACACAGACGUCAUUCAAUUAUUUUGUAUAUUUAUCGGAUUAUGGAUGUGUAUUCCAUUUGCGUGGAUGAACGAACACGUCAAGCCGUUAUCAUCGAUGGACGUUGAUUGGAUUGGUUCCGUUGAUUCAAAAGAGCUGUGGUAUUAUAUCGAUUAUGGGUUGUUGUUAGUUUUCGGGGGUAUCCCCUGGCAGGUUUACUUCCAAAGAGUUUUAUCGAGCAAAUCGGCUGGUCGCGCACAAAUUUUAUCUUACGUCGCAGCUUUUGGAUGUAUUUUAAUGGCCAUACCACCGGUUUUAAUUGGUGCUAUAGCCAAAUCAACUAAUUGGAAUGAAACUCAGUAUAAAGGACCUUGGCCGCUAACCGUAGAAGAAACCAGUAUGAUUUUGCCGAUGGUGCUUCAAUAUUUAACACCAGAUUUCGUUUCGUUUUUCGGAUUAGGAGCCGUUUCGGCCGCUGUAAUGUCUUCGGCUGAUUCAAGUGUUUUAUCGGCGAGUUCGAUGUUUGCCAGAAACGUUUAUAAAUUAAUCUUUCGGCAAAGAGCGUCGGAAAUGGAAAUAAUCUGGGUGAUGAGAGUAUCGAUUUUGGUAGUAGGUGUUUUGGCGACAAUUAUGGCUUUAACUAUACCAUCGAUUUAUGGAUUAUGGUCGAUGUGUUCUGAUCUAGUUUACGUAAUUUUGUUUCCUCAAUUACUAAUGGUAGUUCAUUUCAAAGAUUAUUGCAAUACGUACGGAAGUUUAGCGGCUUAUAUCAUUGCGUUUGUGGUGAGGAUAUCUGGCGGAGAACCUUUGAUGGGUUUAGAUCCUUUCAUUUAUUACCCUGGAUUCGAUUAUGAAGAGCAACGUCAAUUAUUCCCCUUUAGAACGAUGGCGAUGAUUUUCUCUUUAGUUACGUUAAUAACCGUUUCGUAUGGAACUAAGAUCUUAUUUGAAAGUGGAACAUUGGCGCCCGGUUACGACAUUUUUAAUUGCGUCGUUAACAUUCCAGAGGAUAUCCAAAGGGUGAGUGAAUUACAAGAAGAUGGUGAGCAAAUGUCGGUUAUGGCGGCGGGGAUGAAUAAAAUGUACGGUGCUGCUAAUACCAUGGUUGGAAAAGAUGAACGAAAUGGUAGGAUAAAUCCGGCUUUGGAAGCUGACGAUGAUAUUCCAGCCGGGGAAGUGAAAAAAUUACAACAAGGGCUGGCGGAAAAAAAUGAUAUUCAGACCAGUUUUUGAUUAGAAUAGCCUGUAGCCAAGGCACAACCCAAAAAGCAACAAAGUAGAAUGUUGCCCAGCUUUAGAACUAUCAAUUACACAAAUCUAUGAAGAAAACAACACAAAAAAAAUGUAAACAAACCAUAUGUUAUGGUUACUAGUUUUUUGAAAAGAGUUAAAUUUACAUAUCAUCGAAACGAAUACAUAUCGAUUGAGACUAAAGUUGUAUUUUAAGUAGAAAAUAAGAAAAGAUAUUUACACUUUUAGAAAAGGUAUGGGAAAGAGAAAAGAAGAAUAAUACACAUCAUAUCGUUGUUGUUGUUAUAAACGUGUUCUUUAAUCCGAAAUGUCAAGAAAAAAACCUUUUCUUAUAUGUGUAUAUUUGUAUGUGUAUAUAUGUAAACAGUAUUAAAAACAAAAAAAAAUGAUCGUAAAACCGAUACAUAUCAGAUACAUAUCAUUUUUGAGAUUAUCUUAAGACUAAAAGAAUAAAAAAAUCUAUGUGGCUUAUAGUUAAUUUACAAAUUAUCCUAAAACAGUAAAAAAGGAAAUAAUUACUUUGUGUUUAUCGAGAGUUGCGCAAAAAAUCCAACUGACAAUACAAAUCUCUGAUAUUUCUCGAGAAAAAUAGUUGUACUCCCAAUUAAAUGAAACUAGGCGAAUGAAUUUGUUUCAAAAUCAUGCUUCUUAACAACGUUUCUUUGUUAUAUUGUAAAUAAAUGCGACCUACAUCCAUGUUAAACUACGAGUCUUCGAAGAAAAA